AUGAUCAAGGCCUUCGCCGCCAAUUUUGAUAUUUUUAGCAAUCAACAGUGUCGCUCCUCGUGGUGUCAGGCUACGCACUAUAUUCCUGGCGGCACCUCAGACUGGCCAGCUGAGAAAAUUGAGACUCUGAUGGCUGAGCCCUACGCUCUCAAGCGCUGCGCGACUCCUGAAGAAAUGGCCCGCGUUUUUGCCUUCCUUGCUUCUGAUGAUGGCGGCUGGGUUAAUGGUUAG